AUCUUCCAGCCUCGGCACUUACAUUCAUGGCCGUUGAGUUCCUUAGAGAGAGCUUCAGAGAGAAAGGGAGAUGGCGUCUUCUUCUCGCUCGGAGAAAAGAUGCCUCUACGAAAUUCUCGAUGUAAGCAAGGAGUCUUCGCCGGAAGAGAUCCGAUCUUCCUACCGGCGUUUGGCUCUGCAACGUCAUCCCGACAAGCUCAUCAAGGCCGGCGGAAUAUCGGAGGCUGACGCCACCGCUCAGUUCCAAGAACUCGUCCACGCCUACGAGGUUCUAUCCGAUCCCAAGGAGCGAGCCUGGUAUGAUUCCCACCGAUCUCAGAUCCUAUUCGCCGACCAAGGCUCCGCCGGCGGCUCUAAAUCCGGUGGAAUGCCUGGCGGCUCCGUCCCGGAUCUGUUCGCGUUCUUCUCCACCUCUGUAUACUCCGGUUACUCAGACACCGGUAAGGGAUUCUACAAGGUGUAUUUCGAUGUGUUCAACAGCGUUUACCUCAACGAGAUUAAGUUCGCGAGAACGUUAGGGUUGAGUAUGGACUCCGUGAGAGAGGCUCCGAUCAUGGGGAAUCUAGAGAGUCCGUAUUCUCAGGUGACGGCGUUUUACAACUACUGGUUAGGAUUCAGCACUGUUAUGGAUUUCUGCUGGGUGGACGAGUACGAUACCAUGGCCGGACCUAACCGGAGGAUGAGGAGGAAGAUGGAGGAGGAGAAUAAGAAGGUGAGGAAGAAGGCGAAGAGAGAGUAUAACGAGACUGUGAGAGGGUUGGCUGCUUUUGUGAAGAAGAGGGACAAGAGAGUGGUUGAUAUGAUGGUGAAGAAGAGUGCGGAGAUGGAGUUGAAGAAGGCGGAGGAGAGGGAGAGGAAGAAGAAGAUGGAGAAGGAGAGGUUGGAGAGAGCUAUGAACUAUGAGGAGCCUGAUUGGGCAAAGGCUCAGGGUGAAGAGGAGGAAGAAGUGGAAGAGGAUGGUGGUGAUGAUGGUAAGAAGAAGAGUGAGCAGCUCUAUUGCAUUGUUUGUAGCAAGAAGUUCAAAAGUGAGAAGCAGUGGAAAAACCAUGAGCAGUCGAAGAAGCAUAAAGAGAAAGUGGCGGAGUUGAGAGAGUCAUUCAGUGAUGUAGAAGAGGAGGAGGAAGAGAUUGAUGAGAUACCGGAAACUGUAGAGGAGCUCGAGGAGUUAAAUAUGGAAGAUGAAGUUGUAGGCGAAGCUGAUGAAACUGAUGAUAAGUAUUUUAUGGCAGAGGAGGAUGUGAAAGGAUCUAGUGAAAGUGAGGAUGAGGAUGGGGAUGUCGAUGAUGACGAGCUGAUUCUACUCAAGAAAAUGGUAGAAAAGAAUAAGCGAAAGAACGUUGUAUCAAGAGAAGAAGAUGAAGUUCACGUCGAGAUUGAGAGCGACAGCGAAUUUGAUAACCAGAAGAGCACAACAGGUAGGAACAGGAAAGGUAAGAAGGAGAGAAACAAACGGAAUGCUGGAAAAGACAUUACGGAUGAUGCCAACAAAACACAGAUAUCUAUGGACGAUGGUGAUAAUUCAGAUGACAAUGCGGAUGCAACGGAAUCAGCUUCCGGAGCAGUUGAGGAGUCUCAGAAGGAUGAGGCAGAGCCAAUGGAGUAUGAUAACAGGAAGAGCACAGGGAGGAGGCGCAGAAGUAAGAAGGGUAAGGACAAAAGCAGUGAAGCUGAUGAUACUCAAAAAGCCAUGGAAGAAACGCAGGAGGAUCGAAGUGAAUAUAUAGAACACAAGAAGGCUCCAAGGUCAAAGAAAUCAACCAGAGGAAUGAAGUCCAAGGGCACAUCGAAGAAAGCCAGUAAUAACGAAUGCGACAGAUGCGGAGAGGAGUUUGAGUCGAGGUCAAAACUAUUCAAGCAUAUAGCUGAUACCGGUCAUGCGACAGUGAAAUCCCGGUGAUUCCAUUGCUCAUUUCAAAGGAUCAUGCAGAGAUUAACCAAGAAUUGCAUUCUUUGAUUGAAUUUAUACAUUGGUGGAGACGAUGAAGAAGAAAGGGUGGAAUGAGCUACGUUUUUGACAUUUUUGUAGUGCAAACGAGUUGAUGAUCAAACUCUUAUGUACUGUCUACUUAGAGUAUCUUUGAAACAAAGAUUUUGCAGCAGAGAAGAAAUCUUUCAAAAAUUGUGUUUGUAAACUACCUUCUUUCAAAUAUAUCGUUCGUAAAUCUACAGUCUACUCAAUGUUAGGGAUCUCAUUAUCGGAAUGUCAUUAGGUUAUCUCUGUUGUAUAAUGUUAAGACCAUGUUUUUGAAACUAAACUGUAUUGGUAAGUUUGUUGAAGGAGCCUUUAUUGUCA